GCUCCAUCCAUUCUCUCCUCUCCUCUCCUCUCCUCCUCAUUCUCUCCUUAGUCUUGACUCUCCUAAUGAUUCUGAUAUAACCCCUCCUUCCAGGUUACUCGCUGCCUCUCCCUUUCUUGACGAACUGCCUAGUGGGCCGCGUUAGCCUCUCCCACUAAACCAACCCAUUCCUAACUUGACCACCGUCGUCCUUACCUUGCAGCCUCCUUAUCUUCCUGUCCCUUCGUUACGUCGUCUGGCGGCUGCUUUCUUCGUUCUUUCAAGUCAACUUCACUGCCAAAUCCCUCGCUUACCUCUUCGGAUUACACCGGACGUCUUUCGCGUUUAUCUCGUGUUUUGCAAUAAGAACCGAAAAAAAAGAGACAUAAUAAAGAAACAAGAAAAGGACACGGAUGCGAUUCGAGGCCUGGAUGACACAUGUCCUGUCGUAGGGACCUCCGAUGGCAAUCCGUGCCUUGGCGAUCUCAUCUCACUCCGUCAGGUCUCGUCAGGGGGGCUGAACAUACUACUCGUCUCAAAUCUACCUCUUCCUCCGGUCGCCAGGGAUGAGUUCCCACCGAUCGGCCUCCACCACCCCGGGAUCGAGCACCAAUACCUCCUCGGCCAUUCGCUCCCGCACCCGCCGCCUGGUCUCCUCUACCGAGGACGACGAUGACGAUGUGAAUGGGAAGCCGCUGCAGUCCUCGGGGCUGUCCUUUCUCUCCCCCGACCUGCCCCCCACGCGUUCCGGCCGCUCGACCCCCUCCUCCCAACCCUCCCGCGGCAUCUCCCCGGUUCCCAUGAGCCACCCCUCGCGGGCCACCUCUCCACCCAACCGUGCCUGGUCCAAGGAUUCUUUAGGAUUCCUCGAUUCGUCGUGGUCCUCCCUCCAGAGUUUGGCGUCGUCGUUCCUCGGCAGCGACGUCGCCCAUCCGGCCCCCAACGGAGACCCCCGGGGUCACGUUCGGAAACCGUCUCGCCCUGAUCCGUAUUCGAAAGCCCCGACGCCCGCGUGCGCUCCGUCGGCGUGGGGCCCGUCCGCCCCCGCGUCACCCGAGAUCGGAGCUGGGACCCGGGAAGAACGGCGAGCGCUGGUGCAGGCGAAGAAGCGAGAGGCGCUGUUGCUGGCCGAUCCGGUUCCGACGUGGGGCCGGGAUCGCCGACACAAGAGACGAGACUCCUGUGACCAGACCGGGCACUCGGCCAUUGACCCGGAGCAAGACGAGGAGGCUCUGGCCUACAUCCAUCAUGUGCAGCCGACAGACAGCAUCACGGGCGUGACCAUCCGAUAUGGCUGUCAACCGGCAAUCUUUCGGAAAGCCAAUGGCUUCUGGCCGAGUGACAGCAUCCAGGGCCGCAAGACCGUCCUCCUGCCGGUCGAGUCUUGCACCGUGAAGGGUCGACCGAUCCCACCGCCGACGCCAAUUUAUAAUGGCAACGGUGCCGAACGGGAUUCUUUGGAAGACCCCAAGGGCAGCUCAAUUGUGCCGUCGACGACCUCGGGCGAAAGCACGCCGCAGCACGCCUCGUUCCCGGAGACGACGGUCGAAGUCGAGGCGGAUCGGGUCUGGAAGCACGAAUCGUUGGUGCAAAUCGACGGGUUUUCCGCCCCGGUGGAGAUCGGCCGCGUCCCUCGGAGAGCGCUUGGGUUCUUUCCCCGAACUCGGCGGAAAUCGGUGUCAGCCACUGGCUCUGCACCGCCGUCGACCUCUGCUCGAGGGCGAACAGACACCACAUCCACAUCAUCGUCACCUAUCGAACCGCCGUCAUCUGCAUCGACCCCGUCCGGGAUUCCGUCGUCGCCGGCUGCGUCCCGGGCCACCCAGUCGCCCCUGUCCGGGGGACACCGUCGUCAACGGAGCAAUAUCCAGCUCACCGUGCCGGGAGUUGGCACUCUGGAUCGUAAUGCGACGGCUCCUGGACCGGCUCCCGAUGGGCUGAGCAAGUUCUUCGCCCAGCACAUGCCUACGUUGGCCCCUCCCACUCCGGCCCCUGACUUUCGAGACUCCUCCGAACACCUCUCGACCUCGGUGUCAAACGCAACCACGGGGCUGGAGAAUCUCGGCGGUGCCUUCGAGGGAUGGAUGCGCAAGGUGACCACGCGAGCGAAGAACAGUCUGGGGGAGCUCCAGCGGGCGCAGAGCUACCAGACCAGUGCCCCGGGUCGGUCCGGUGGACGACGCGGGGAUCUAAUCGAACUGAACGACGGCAUGGACUCCCGGAAUUCGUCACGGGACUCGGCUUUCCUCGCGGACCCUCGCGGACGGGCCGAUUACAACCGCAGCAGCUCCAGCUUCCACGAUGGAGCGACGCGGCGAGGCCUGUCGAAUCCUUCGUCGACCAGCACGAGCCGGACUCGUGUGGGAGACCGGUACAAAGACGAUUAGCCGUUCCCACCCUUUCACUCCUUUGAACGACAUGGUCAAUUAAUUAUGACCACACACUCAUUUUCGAUGGCCACGCCUGGGCUCUGUACCCUGACGGCUUUUGACGAGCUUUUGCGAUACUCCAUCCCUUGCACGCAUAGCGUAGCGGCGCGACAGGAUCAUACUGUUGGCUUUGUCAUUCAUUGUAUUUGGGGAAUCCUAUGUGAUUCCUUUUUCCUUCAAUUCUUGUAUCUAUCUCUUUCCUGUUGUGCGAGAUCAUCCGAUCAUUGGGUGGUGCUUUUUAUAUUUCAUGGCGAUUGGACGCAUAAGAGAUGGCGAUAAGCAUAGAUUAGAAGCUAAUGUAACUGUUCAUAUUGAUCUACCUUUUUGUAUCUAAUUAAUUAUCGUUGACUUUUCAUUCUA